CAAUGAGAUUUACCCACGUGGAAAAGUGGGACCCAAAACAUCUUUUCCAAUACUGCGUGCAUUGUUCACGAUUAAAAAAAGAAAAAAAAAAGAAAAAAAAGGACGAAAAAAAAAAGAAGAGAAAGCGAUGUUGUCAACGCUUAAGCUCUGCUGGACAUUCCCAAGCUCGACGAUCUCCUUCGCUUUCCCGUUCUCAUCCCAAUCUCGUCGUUCGCGUUCGAUCCUUCCGGCCAAUCUCAGAGUGAAGAUGUCCUCAUCCUUUCCUUCUGAUCGCCCAUCAUCCUCAUCCUCCUGUAUUCCCCCUCUCCCGGAGAACACGGUCGUGCUUGGUUGUGGGGUUGUGAACUUGGAUUACCUCGCUACCGUCGCAUCGUUCCCAAAACCCAACGACAAGAUCCGUAGCACUAGCCUGAAGGUGGAAGGUGGCGGGAAUGUGGGGAAUGCUUUGACUGCUGCUGCUCGCUUGGGUCUCACUCCUAGAGUGAUUUCCAAGGUAGCUAAUGAUGAUCAAGGCAAGAGGGUGCUUGCGGAACUUGAAGCUGAUGGUGUUGAUACUUCUCAUAUGGUGGUUUCAGAGGAAGGGAAUUCAUCUUUUACUUAUCUUAUUGUGGACAGUCAGAUGAAAACUCGUACUUGUAUUCACACACCUGGAUACCCUCCAUUGGAGCCAAAUGAGCUCUCCCAAUCUAGCUUGUGUUCUGCUUUGGAUGGAGCGAGGCUUGUAUACUUUGAUGUUAGAUUGCAUGAAACUGCUAUAGUUGUUGCGGAAGAGGCAAGCCGGAGGAAAAUACCCAUUUUAAUUGAUUCAGAAAGAAAACGAGAGGGAUUGGAUGAACUUCUCAACCUGGCAAGCUAUCUUGUCUGCUCCGAAAAUUUUCCGCAGGCCUGGACAGCAGUCUCUUCUACUCCAAGUGCUUUGGUUUCCAUGCUUGUUAGAUUGCCUAAUUUAAAGUUUGUAAUUGUUACCCUUGGAGAAAAAGGUUGCAUAAUGCUUGAAAGAAGCAAGGACGAGGCUCCUGAGGCAAAGGAAAAAGAGGUUGAGAGCUUGGCAGAGUCCUUAAGGCAGAAAAUUGAUGGAAGUUCUACCAUGCCAACAUGCAUAUCUUCCCCGCCAAAUUUGAGGAUUAGCGCAGAUGGUGUUGGUGCAAUUAGUGGAAGAUUACUUUUAGGAACAGCAGAGAAAAUUCCUCCUGAAGAGAUAAUAGACACCACUGGAGCUGGAGAUGCCUUUAUUGGUGCUGUUCUUUAUGCUUUAUGCGCAGAUAUGCCACCUGAGAAAAUGUUGCCUUUCGCUUCAAAAGUAGCAGCUGCCGGAUGCAGGGCUCUGGGAGCCAGGAGUGGUCUUCCACGACGCAGUGAUCCAUCAUUAGCACCUUUCUGGAGCUAGAAAUCCCUGUGAACAAUCAUAUAAAGUACACAUUGUGUGGCAGCUUCAUGCCGGCGCCCAUUGCAACCCGGUGAUGUCUCUUUUGCUACAUUAUUUAACUCUUCAUCUUCAUAAAUUUCUCCCCAUAUGAAUCUCAUUGUUCAAAAACAACACCAUGAUAUUGAUUCUAUUGAAACUCAGUGCAAUUCUCUGUUUUACCACUUCUUGCUGCUAUCCAUGUUUGUUUAUACAGUCUAAUGUAAUGCAAGCCAAAUUGAGUUAGCACUUAAGAGUCCAAACAAAGCGAAGGUAAUUAUUAUCUUAAACUCACCGGGGGUAACCAGAGUCAUCGUACAUUUUCUCAAAUAUAAAUCGAGUUGAAACGAAGAGGAAAAAAAAAGUUAGAACUUCGAAGCUGAGUUGCUGGAAAUGGGGGUGGUCCGGGUGAACGACGAUGAUCUCCUCGGCGAUGAUUUCCUCGACGACGUCGCCGAUUCUGAAGCGGAGGAGGAAGCGCCGACUCCUGUUGCCGACUUCUUCAACUCCUUCGAGGAUGACUUCGACGAUGAGGACAUCGCCUGAUGCGAUGGAUGUCAGUGGUAAGGGUACUUCCUCUCCUUGUAAUCUAGGGUUCUUGGAAUCAGUCAUACUUGUUGAGAUUUGGUUCAUGGAGAAUUGAUAGUAGUAGUCUUUGUUUGUGAAUAUUUUCAAUGAUGAACGAACAUCAGUAAUCUCAAAUCUCACUCAAUGUUGAUAUUUUUGCUUUUGUUUC